CUGAGCUGAAGGUGUACUUUGUUCUCUCUCUUUGCGAAUGAUCAAUUGAGCGAUUGACAAGUUUUAACUUUUCUACGCAUAAUACGAGAGGCAGGAUGAUGAGGGAGGCCUAUAUUAGGCAUUUUAAAGGCCAUCCUGGGCUUCAGAAUGUAAGUUGAAGCUCGUUGCAACGAGUUAUGGAGGUAGAUCAAUGGACAGGAAACUAAUUGAUGGAUUCAGGGCUUCGACCCAACCUGCCACUGGUGCCAAAUCUCCACCUUCACCACCCACCUCACAGCACACAUCUCCAUCGUCAACCGAGUAGACGACAUGACACUCCCCCCCGACUUCGUCUUCAUCCAGCGCGCGCAGCCCGGGAAAGACAUCGAGCUGCCGGACCCGGCCUUCUUCUCCGGCUGCGAGUGCAAGAAAGCGGCGACAUGUAAGAGUGCGCGGUGCAGCUGUCUGCAAGAUAUGACGGUGUUGGAUGCGAAGAAUGCAGAUGUGUAUGUGUAUCGAGCCGAAGCGGGGGGCUAUGUUAUGAGAGAUGAGUAUUUGGAGACACGAGAGCCGAUUUAUGAGUGUCAUGAGAGUUGUAAGUGUGAGGGGGAGCCGUGUCCUAAUAGGGUUGUUGGGAGGGGACGGACGGUUCCGUUGCAGAUUUUUAGGACGAGUGAUGGAAGGGGGUGGGGUAUGUUUUCUUCCCUAUUUCCUUUUUUUAUUAUGGUUAUAGGAGGAAAAUCGUGAGAUUACAGUACUAAUGCUCUUCCAAAAGGUGUUCGAGCCCUCCAACCCAUCCGCAAAGGCCAAUUCAUAGACCUCUACGUCGGCGAGAUCCUCACCGCAGCCGAAACCGAGAUCCGACGCAAGCACUCGGCCAUCACCCAAAAAAAAGACGUCUACCUCUUCGAACUGGACAAAUUCAAGAGUGACGCGGAUCGCGACCCAUCCCUCGCCAACACCGUCUUCGUCGAUGGCGAGUUCCGCUCCGGUCCGACCCGUUUCAUCAACCACUCCUGCGACCCGAAUCUGAGGAUCUUCGCGAGGGUGGGUGAUCACGCGACGAAGCGCUUUCAUGACCUGGCGUUCUUCGCGAUCAAGGAUAUUGGGUUGGAAGAGGAACUGACGUUUGAUUAUGUGGAUGGCGAGGAUGAGAAGUUGGAGGAGGAGAAGAGGAAUCCGUUGCAGAAGAGGGAGAUGACGAGGUGUUUGUGUAAGAGUCGGAAGUGUAGGGGGUAUCUUUGGUAGGAUAGGAUUUUGAUGGUGUGUGGUUGUGCGUGCUUUGGGGGCGUUGGAUUGCCUUUUUUGUGGCGGUGAUACCCGGUUGUUUUUUUGUUGCUGUGUUUUAUGAUGUCAAAUACAUUUUCUUGGAGUUUUUAGGAAGGAAAGGGGUUUAGAAGUGGAUUAGACGGUUAUUGUACUGUGAAAUUGUUAUGUUUCUUUUUUUUUAAUGGUUGAUUAUUGUUGAUGCGAUGUACGAUAUCCUUAAUGAAGGGGAGAGGGGGGGGCUUUGGAGAGUUGUGAUU